AUGAAACGUUAUUUUAAGAAGAACCAAAGUGGUGGUUCUUCAUCUUCUUCAAAUGCUAGAAUUGUUGAAUCAGUAGAAAAUCAGUCUGCAAUAGAAGUUAAAUUGGAUUGGAAUGAUAUUGAUGUUGAUCCAAGAAAACGAAAGUCAAUAGAGGCUUUUGAUGUUGCUAUUCGGGAUAGAGUACAGAGAGAAUAUUUGGUUAAAGGUCCUUGCCAACCAAUUGGGAAUACAUAUCCGAAAAAGAAAUAUGGUAUUCAAGAAAGAAGUUUUCAAGAUGCUUGGUUUACAAAAUUUCCAUGGUUAGAGUAUAGUGCAUCAAAAAAUGCAGCCUUUUGCUUUUGGUGCUAUCUUUUCAAGCAAUCGGAUAAAGGAGGUCGAUAUGCAGAAGAUGCUUUUACAAAGACAGGCUUUAACAAUUGGAAAAAUGCAGUAGAAAAAUUUAAUCAACAUGUUGGGGCUGCAAAUAGUUGUCACAAUAAUGCUUGGAUUCAGUUUGAAGCUUUUCAAGAUCAAAGACACGGUGUGGCAAAUGUAUUUUGA